UUAUUUUGCGGCCAACUUCACAGUUAUUAUGAAACGUCAAAUUUAAAUAAAUUAUUUUCAAAAUCCAAGUAAAUUCUAAAUUUAGAAUGCCGAAAGGAAAAAAAGGGAAAGGCAAAGGCAAGAAAGAACAAGCAUUCGAAGUUGCAGCCCCGCAAAAAGAAACUGCUGAUUUUCCUGUGACGAAAAUUACUGAAAGUCUUCUGGGUCUGUGCGCUCUAUACCCAGAUUUGGGGGUGUUCAAGUUUGGGAAUGUUGUUGUGCAGAGAAACUACCCUGAAUUCGACGCGGUUAGAGUCAUUUCCGGUGGUGCCUCAGGGUUUGAACCUUUAAAUGCUGGCUAUGUUGGGAAAGGAAUGCUGAUAGCCGCUAUACAAGGCGAAAAUUAUACCAGUCCGCCUAUUAAACUCAUAGUAAGAACUCUAAGGGAGUUAAACUACAGUCAUGAGCAUGGUUUGUUAUUAAUCGUACAGGGCAAUUCAGGUGAUCAGAUAAGUUUUACUUUGGCAACCACAAAGGCGAAAAAUGAGAAUAUUCGUAUGAAAUUAAUGCUAGUUGCUGACUCCUGUAUUAAUAAAGAUUUACCAUGCACAAAAAAGCAGUGUUUAGCAGGGGUGGUUUUAAUAUAUAAAAUUGCCGGAGCAAUGGCCGAUAAUAAAGAGUUACUCAAGGAUGUUUAUCAGUACUGUGAAAAAGUAUUGGAGAAUAUGAGUAGCAGUAUUAUUUCAAAGGGUGAUUUUCGACCACAAACCGAAGAUUUUUGUAUAUGCAGAAAAAAAAGGUUUUCUAGUAAUGUAUCUAUUGGCAAAGGGUUUCAAGGGGAACCAGGGAAAGAUAUAGCAGAAGAUAUAACAAUUAAUAACAUAAUUCCUGAAUUAAUAAAGUCAAUAUUUGAAGAAGAAAAAUUUGAGUUGGAACCUGGCUGUAGCGUCAUAGUACUUUUAAGUAACGUUGGAAAAUUCACAAAACAAGAAGAGUUAAUAUUAGUCAGAGACACAAUAAUUUUCCUGCAAGAAAUACAAGUCAAAGUCGCCAAAUUUUACUGUGGCCCCUAUUUAACAGCCAAAGACUACAUGGGUAUAUCUUUAACAAUCCUGAAACUAUUUGACGACAAACUACUGGAAUACUUGGACCACCCCUGCACAGCACCAGCUUGGGUUUCAAUGUGUGAGCAAAAAUGCGAGUUAAACUGUGACAGUUUUUUACCGACGCGUUUAAAAAGAAAAAUUAGGGAAGGUAUACCGAAAAUGGGCCCCAAUUUAACAGUAUCGGAAGCCAACACUUUGGUAUUAUGCACGAAAUUCGCCUGUGAGGCCCUAAUUUCUUGCGAAAAUCAACUAAAUAUUAUUGAUGCUGAAACAGGAGAUGGCGACACUGGGUCACGUCUAAAAACAAGUUGUGAAGUAGUUUUAAACAGAAUCAAGGAAAAAAAGAUGAUAUAUGAGAACCCUUUCGCGUUUUUUGAUGGUCUAGCUUCAGUUUUGGAAACUUUAGUGGGCGGAACUAUGGGUUCCCUAUACGGAAUAUUUUUUCGCACAAUAUCAAAUUAUUUUGCAAAAAUUGAUUCUGAUAUUGAAAUAACUGCAAAUCAUUGGAUAGGCGCCCUAGAAAAAUCGUUGGAAGUGUUUAAAAUGCCAUGCGUAAAUUUCGGCGAUUCAACAAUGUACGACCCCCUAUAUGCAGGCGUAACAGGCUUUCGCGAAGAAUUAGACGAAAAAUCAACUCCUAUGGAAGCUUUUACUUACGGGAUUUUACAGGGUGAAGAGGCAAUAAUUGAAAACAAAAGAGAAAAUCAAAAAUACCCUGAUGCUGGCGCACACGCUGUGGGUAUUUGGUUUAGAGCUAUUCUAGAAGCGAUAAAAAUUGUUUUUAGGAUGUCUGGGGUUGAGGUGAUUACAGAAGACUUAAGUGAUCACCCGCAGUGCCCCCACGGGCCUACAAUUUUAUUUUCCAAGCUGCAUAAUGGCGAAAAAAGGAAUUUUUUCGCUUGUUCAGCUUGUAGGGAUAGGAAACAUUGUAAUUUUUUCUUGUGGCAGGAUGAGUUGAGUAAGGUUUUGGAUGGGAGGAAGGAGGCUUGGGAGGAGGAGCGUAAUAAGUUUAUAAAAAAUAUAAAUCACAUAGAAAUUAACAAAAAGUUUCAGAAGAUUUUCAAUUCUAACAAAAAAAUAUUUUAUUGUCAUAAAUGUAAAAAAAUAGAAAAUCAGGAGAAAGUAGAAGAGCAUAAAAAGCAUGAGCACAUUGAAAAUCUUACAAAAUAUCAACUAAAACACCCAUCAGAAGUUUUAUUACCUUUGGAUGAUGCCAAAAAAGAGGCACAAUUUCUAUUUGCAAAAUCGUCAAUAAAAGAUAUUGUAGACAUAAUUAAAGAUUUAAAAUAUAGUAAAGUAUUGUGCAUAGGUACCCCAAGAAUACAUGAGUUCAUUAAAAGUGAUUGUGAAGGUAUUAAAAGUUUACUUUUGGAUAUUGACGAUAGAUUUCAUUAUUUUUAUAAUACCGACGAGUUUUGUUGGUAUAACUCCUUUAAUCAUCAUUUCUUCUUUGAUGACGCUAAAAAGGUAUUUGAAGACUUCAUAAAAAUAAAUAGUGAUGAAAACUUAAUUUUGAUCACAGACCCACCUUUUGGAGGGAGAGUGGAACCUCUAGCACAAACUUUUGAUGCCAUUAACAAAAAAUAUAAAACCAUAAACAAUUUAAAAAAAGACUUACCUAUAAUUUGGGCUUUCCCCUAUUUUAUGGAACCCCAAAUCAAAAAUAGCCUACAAAAUUUCCAAAUGUCCGACUACAAAGUAGAGUAUGACAACCACCCGUUGUUCCAGGAUGGCUCCAAGGGUAGAAAACAUGGCUCACCAGUCAGGAUUUUCACUAAUAUAGAUUUAAAAUUGAUAAAAUUACCAGACAAUGGUUACAAGUAUUGCGAUUUUUGCGAAAAAUGGGUGUCAAACGAAAAUAACCAUUGUUAUUUAUGCAACGAUUGUACUUCUAAAGAUGGCAGAACUUAUGUGCAUUGUAAGAAAUGUCAAAGAUGCGUCAAACCGACUUGGCAACAUUGCAUUAAGUGUAAUAGAUGCGCUGUUGCCGAUCAUAGGUGUGGGGAUAUAAUGUUUUUAAAGGUAAUAGUAUAUUAA